ACGGGUUGUAAGCCAAGAUGGCGUCCAACCGUGCUCCGCGGAAGUUCGCUUUUUUUCCGGGUGUCUGCAACUAGUUGUCGGCGAGUUGUCGGCGCUCUGGACGAGUUGUCGGCGAGUUGUCGGCUUUUAGUAGGACCGAAAAGGACAUAUCAUUCCUUAUUCAAUAACAAAACAGCAUCCAGACAUUUCAUUAGAACUGACAUAGGGAUCCCUGCCAUAGAACAAGGCAAGGGUCUUUCUCACACACACCACACUCUAGCCGGCCGAGACACCAACCACCACAUAACAGUCACAGAGCAGCAACCGACCGAGUCAACCAACAUGGCCGCCAGCACAGCGAUGGAUCCAGACCAAACCGCAAGUGUUCUCUCUGAUAAAUAUUUCCGAAAUUUAUCUUCAAGUCUGGGGCGAGAAUGGGAGGCUUUGGCGACCCACCUCGACUUCAGGAAAUCAGAGAUUGAUCAGAUCAAGAUGAACAAUCAACUAAAUGUAGAGAAUCAGAUCUUUGACAUGUUAGUGCAAUGGCGACAGAGACUCGGAAAGUUGCAAAACUGUCAUUUGGAAAAAUUGUCUCAAAGCCUAAAGAGUGUGGAACGAAAUGAUCUGGCUGUUCAGUUGGAAGAAAUAAUCUGCAAAGUCGACUCGAGUUCUGGAAGUACCGAUGGAAACACCACUACCAAUCAACAACAGAAACCAGUGGAUGGAAGCCCACCAAUGUCAUAUACUUACGAGGACUCAAAAUGCAAAAUUAAUAUUAAGAACAUUAAAAUCGCUGGAAAAGACAAUGCUAUUUUCUAUGGACCAGUCUCGGGCGCCACCAUUAAUUUCAACUGAAAUCCCCCCCCCCCCCCCAUCCCCACCACCACCCCGAAUCCUGGUCCAUUGGGUUGGUGGCUGCUUGCUAUUAACAGUGGCCAGCCACCACCCUGAUCUAGACUAUGCUGUGAAAACCUGAUUCUUACGCUGUUAUUGCUUAGUUAUUAAACUCCCAAAUAGAUCACAGGCCUGGAAUUUCGUCUUUGAACUUGUCUUGGUUUCAAGACCAUUGGUGUUGCCCGGUCACACACAACCAAAGUUCCGAUCUAUAUGCCCGGCAAACUGUACACGCUUGUAAUGAACAUACAUAGAGGGCGCCCCGUAUUUCUCAGGAUUAGCCUGAACAUCUGACGUCACAAUUCGAGGCUCGUGAAUAACGCCAGAGACCAUCAUCGAAAAUCGAUGUGUAGUUUGACCUUUGACCUCCCUCAUUUCACAUAGAGAUAUGGGACGUGACAGGCGGCAGUGUACUACAUGUACUGUUUGGGCACGGAAAGUUCAUGCCACUGCACGUGUCCAAUGAUUGUAUUCAAUGGAAUCAAUGGAUCUAGUGGCAGGGACCUGUCUUAUCCUUGCGGAUAAAGACAGGGGACCAGUCUAGAUCCGGAUAUGUCGUUGGGAAAACAACACUAGUCACAGCGCCCUCUAUGUUCGUGCAUUACAAGCGUGUGCAGUUUGUCGUGCAUAGAUGGGAACGUUGGUUGUGUGUGAUCCCGCAACCAAGACUAUCUUUAAGCAUGUGGAAAGGGCAAGGCCAUUUUCAUUUUAAAAAGGGCUUUUCCAUUAGAAAAUCUUUAAGUCAAUGGGAAACUUGUAAAGGGCACCAAGACCAACCUAUGUGUAUUUCUAAGCCCGGAUCCUUGUCAAUUUAUUGGAGGAUUGGAGGUCACAUGGCAUUUAUUAUUCAAACUAUUGCGAGUGUCAUUAAAGGGAAGCUAUACGUUUGGUAAUCACUCUUAAAAUACACAGCAAUAAAAACUUACUUAUAUAGGAUUUGAGGGAUUGCAUGGUGA